AUGUUCCGAUCUUGGUUACUGUCUCUUUUCUCUAUUGGGAUCAUUUUGGCGACGAUAUGCUCAUCGUCUACCGUAGUUGCUAGUGGGGAUAUGGAGGAACCAGAAAGAAUAACUCAAGAUGAAGCGUUGAAGCAAGCACUCGAAAUCUUCGAGGGAAUGUCUCCGGAAGAAAUGGAGGAGACAAUAUUGGAGAUGAUGCAACUGGUCGGUAAUGAUGAUCCAGAGACCAAGGCAGAAUUGGAACUCCUGCUGAACGAAUUGAUCCCCCAGAUCAAAUCACAAUCAAAUCUAGAUCAAAUGGUACAAGAUGACGAACUAGCAGUGGCAACCCAAGACGCUUUGAGAAUGUUGAAGGGUUCCAACUGGGAUGAGAUCUGGGCGAAGCAAGAUAUCAUCUUGGAAGGCGUGUUAGCUUCUGGUCAACUCACUCCAGAGAGCGCUGCACUUUAUAGAAGUGAUGAAGAGGCAUGGAAAGAAGAACUGAAAUUUAUUUGGGAUCAACUUCAAAAGCAGGCAGCCGAGGCAGAGCUGUGA